UGUUGACGUCAAAUGUCAAAAACGUACGACAAGUGGUUGGAGCAGCAGUUCUCACAGCAGCAAGUGCUUUUCGUUUUGUUUAACUUCCUCCCAUAAUUACCCACCAAUUUUAGUAAAUCCUUAAAGACAAGCCAACGAAAUGCGCCAACUACGUGGUAAAGUGAAAGAGACACGCAAACAGAAGAAGGAGCGUAAAAUGGAAAAUUUGGCUAUACAAAAUCAAUUAAAAACCAUUGUAAUCCCUUCAGUUUGUGUAUUGGCAUUGAUAAUUAUUGUUUUUGUAUAUUUCAAAACGAGACCAGUGGCAGUUGAAGUGUAACCGGAAUGUUGUGUUUCGAAAACCAUGUCCAGCAAUGUGCGCCUUUCUAGGCGUUAUUAGUAUAAACUACCAAGUGGCAGGAAAGAAUUUUGUAAAGUUACUUGUGACUGGAACACAGGCUGUGUACAUUCAGUUGUUUGUAUGAUGAACGUGUUUUUACUGUCACAGGACAUAAUUAGUAGCUGAAAAUAUAUAAUAUAUAUGUAUAUGUACACUGCGCUCAAUUGGAAUGUGCGAAAUCUAAUCCUUUUAUAAUUGAAAUUAUACAUAUGUACAUACAUAUGUAUAUAAAAAAAAAAUAUAUUUUUUGUAGAUAAUAGCGCCCAUACUACAACUUGUAUGGCAUGUCUCUUGCAUUUCUAGAAAAUUAUACUUACUAUACUAUAUACAUAUGUACAUAAACAUGUAUGUAUGAAUCAGUUGUUUGUAAAAAUUAUAAACUGCUGUGCAAAUAUUGAACUGACUAUUUUUUCAACAGUCACUUUCCUCUUAUGUUAUUUUAUAGCAGAACAUUUUAAACACAUCUUUAUAUGUGUGUUAAAAUUGUUAUUAACUUAUUUACUUAUAUAAUGAAUAAAUAUAGUUUGUUUUUUUAAUAUU